CCCACGGAUCGGAAGUCGUCAUAUCCAAAUCGCUUUAAGUAAUUCGCGAAGUGUUCUAAAAGCUUAAAAGUGGUUACGCAGCAGCUACUUUAACAGUACAGUGCUGGCGCUUGUUUGUGUAUAAUGUGCUUCGUUUUACAUCGUACAUAGAAGUGAACGAGGGUAGAAAAAAUUAAUUGCAAUGGCGUUGAAAAAUCUUAUUACAAUGCUUUUAUUAGCGAAUCUCGUUAUUUUCAAAAUCGUUGUUGCAAUCCGUGUUAACAACGACGCAGAUGACUUUUACAAGACUUAUUACCUCAAUAAGUACAAUAGAAAUUAUCGUGAUGAUCAAAAAGAGUCUAAGGAAAAUGCAAGGAAACUCGCCAAACACAUUGCCAUAGCAAUUACCGAAUCAAACAAUUAUGAAGAACAAUCGCAUUCAGAAGACGAUGAAAAAGUAAAGCGGCCUAGAUUUAUAUUUCCCGACCAAAUGCUGCAAAUGCGACUUGAAAACGAGAAACCUCUAAUGAUCCCGACAAACUGUGGCGCUCAAACUUUCUGCGAAAAUGUCUCCAAUUAUCCUCAACGUUUUAUGGACCAACUGAUCCUAAACAAUUCCACUCUGAGACAUUACACGAUUCAAGAUGUUAUGCCUAUUAAAACGCGAGCAUACACCGAAGAAAAUCCACUUUGUGUACCUAUAGAACGAUUAAUUCAUCCACAAUCGGGUCGAAACAUGAAAAACGAAUCGCUUUUCAUCAUUCAGUCGAACGCGACGGGUUUCGUUCAGGCUAUAAGAAUCGAGACUUGCCUAAACGAGAAUAGCGAGUGCAGGCUGAUCGAUGUUCCUCUCGGAUACUCCAUGACGUGCAAACAGAAAUAUAUUUAUCGCGAGCUGUAUGCCAUCAGCGACACAGGCGAAGUAAUUCGAGAUCAUUUUAAGUUACCCGCAAGUUGUUGCUGUCAUUCUAAGUUCGAUCCUCAGAUCGUCAAUGAAGUACAAAACAGCUUCAAAAAAAGAUACAACAUGUAACGUGUUUUACAUACACAUGUAUAAAAAUAUUUAAAAAAAUGUUUUACAUAGAUAAAAAUACAUAUAUAUUUUUAAGCUAUUACGAGCGCACGGAAUAAAUUAGUUGGCCACCGAAUCAAUCUUACGUUAUCAAAUCUGAUGGCAAGAUUACUGUGUACUCUCUCUCUCGCUAGUAACUAAGUUUUUAGAACACUGUAUGCCGAAUAAGAAACUCUGACGAUCUGAAAAAAAGUAAGAAUAAAACGACAUGCAAAAAACAAAAUAACUGUAUGUUAAA